CGAGCCUACAAUUGCACCGGAAAACUUCACAGUUGGCUGGAUCUGUGCUCUGCCCAUCGAGCUGGCAGCCGCGGCCGAGAUGAUGGACGAGGAGUUUGCCGACCUACCCUGCAACCCGACCGACUCUAAUAUCUACUCUUUCGGCCGCAUCGGAAACCAUAACGUCGUGGCUGCUUGCCUGCCAGCCGGUCAGAUGGGUACGAACCAAGCAGCUGUUGUUGCCAGCCAUAUGAACGCCAGCUUCCCCUCGUUGCGAUUCGGCGUUUUGGUCGGCAUCGGUGGUGGAGUCCCGAACCUCGAUGCGGAUAUUGAUAUUCGGCUCGGCGACGUCGUAAUCAGCCAGGCUGCAGAUUACUAUGCUAACGGCCGUGUCGCUCGUACCGGCAGCCUUAACGCGCCGCCGAGGAUUCUUUUCAACGCCUUGGCUAAGCUUCGUGCCAAUGACUUCCGGGACAGGACGCAAGUCGUUGGGCAUCUAUCGAAGCUUUUUAGCCAGCCAAAGUUCGCAUCCCCAGGUCCUGAAAAUGAUAUGUUUUAUGAAGCAUUAUUACAGCAUAAGGCCGGAGCUACGUGUGUGAAAUGCCGGCCGGAGGAUAUGGUUGAUAGGGAAACGCGUACAACGACAGAUCCACGGUUAUUUUUUGGCACGAUUGCAUCUGGUAACCAGGUGAUGAAGGAUGGAUUAACGCGCGAUAGAUACAGCCGGGAAUUAGGUGGUGUAUUAUGUUUUGAGAUGGAAGCGGCCGGCCUUAUGAACAGCUUUCCAUGUAUUGUCGUCCGUGGGAUUUGCGAUUAUGCGGAUGCGCACAAGAACAAGCGUUGGCAACCGUAUGCAGCAGCAAUUGCGGCAGCAUGCGCAAAAGAGCUUUUUUCUGUCAUACCUCGAGAAAAGGUCCUCGAGGAGAAGCUUGUUCGACAAUUAAUCCCUACUGGCCCUGCAGGGACCGGAAAAUCGACCAUCGCACGCACUGUGGCUGACACGUUCUUCAACGAGAAACGACUUGUUGCUGGCUACUUCUUCAAAAGAGGAGAACGGGGCCGCAAUGACACGACGCGUCUGUUUCCCACACUCGCUGCGCAGCUUGCCGAAACAAUUCCUCACUUCAAAAGCUGUCUUCAGAAAUCCGUUGGCGGUCUUGACAGAGACGCGGUGGAAAAGAAGGGCCUUGCCAUCCAGUUCGAGAAGCUGUUGUGGCUCCCUUUGGGUGACUUACCUCGAACUGACGCGAACCACGGAUCUCGGAUAAUUAUCAUCGAUGCUUUGGACGAAUGCGAGCAACCCGAACACCUCCCGCUGGUUCUUAGCCUAUUAUCCAAGCUUCGCAACAUCCUCACAGUACGAUUGCGUAUUCUAUGCACAAGCAGGUCCGCCCCGAAAAUCGCAAAUGCGUUCAGGCUUCUUGCUCAAGAGAAGGCUGUUUACAGCUUAGAGCUACACCGAGUAUUCUCUGAAGAUACUAAGAAUGAUAUACAGAUCUUUCUGAAGACUAAAUUCGCACAAAUUAAAAGAGACUGCAACGUGGAUCAAAAUCCGUGGCCUACUGUUAACGAUUUGGAUCGCAUGGUUCAACUGGCCACAACCCCCGAACCCCUUUUCAUCUAUGCUGCAACUCUUUGCCGGUUCGUCUAUGAUGAGAAGCGACCAUGCAACCCGAAGAAGCAACUGAAGUCGUGGCUAAAGCAAUGCGAAGACGGCAAGUCUCAGCUGCAUCAAAUCUACGAUCCUGUUCUCAGUCAGGUGUUCCUCGGCAACGAAGAAGCAGAAUCUGGCCAGCAGCUGCAGUUCCUAGGGGCUAUUGUUCUUCUCGCGACUCCUUUGCCUGCCACAUCUCUCACUGUGCUUCUCGGCUUGGAUGUGGAUGAUGUGAACUGGUGGCUUCCAGAGUUGCAUGCAGUGCUAGAGAUCCCUCCCGAGCCUCACCGUCCUAUUCGACUGCUACACAAAUCGUUUAGCGACUUUCUCCUCAGCUCCAAGGACAGCGGGAUAAGCAAGCAUUACAUAGACGCUGCAGAAACACACGGUAAGCUCGCGGCACGAUGUAUCAAACGCAUGAAGGCGGGGCUCAAACGGGAUAUCUGCGACAUUCGAAAACCAGACGGGCUCAGAGAUAAGAUCGACAAGCAAAUGAUGGAUACACAUAUCCCCGCUGAUCUCCAGUAUGCCUGCGUCUACUGGGUUUACCAUUUACAGCAAAGUGAAGGGCCUGUAGGAGAUGACGUCUACGUGUUUCUUUGCAAUCAUCUUCUUAAUUGGUUAGAAGUCUUGGCAAUUUUGGGUAAAGUCUCGGAUGGUGCCGCUGCGAUGAAGCAGCUUCUUGCUAUGCGCCAGCCUACAAUUGCACCGGAAAACUUCACAGUUGGCUGGAUCUGUGCUCUGCCCAUCGAGCUGGCAGCCGCGGCCGAGAUGAUGGACGAGGAGUUUGCCGACCUACCCUGCAACCCGACCGACUCUAAUAUCUACUCUUUCGGCCGCAUCGGAAACCAUAACGUCGUGGCUGCUUGCCUGCCAGCCGGUCAGAUGGGUACGAACCAAGCAGCUGUUGUUGCCAGCCAUAUGAACGCCAGCUUCCCCUCGUUGCGAUUCGGCGUUUUGGUCGGCAUCGGUGGUGGAGUCCCGAACCUCGAUGCGGAUAUUGAUAUUCGGCUCGGCGACGUCGUAAUCAGCCAGGCUGCAGAUCACUAUGGUGGAGUGGUUCAAUACGAUUUUGGAAAAACUGGAGCUGACGGCCGUGUCGCUCGUACCGGCAGCCUCAACGCGCCGCCGAGGAUUCUUCUCAACGCCUUGGCUAAGCUUCGUGCCAAUGACUUCCGGGACAGGACGCAAGUCGUUGGGCAUCUAUCGAAGCUUUCUAGCCAGCCAAAGUUCGCAUCCCCAGGUCCUGAAAAUGAUAUGCUUUAUGAAGCAUCAUCACAGCACAAGGCCGGAGCUACGUGUGUGAAAUGCCGGCCGGAGGAUAUGGUUGAUAGGGAAACGCGUACAACGACAGAUCCACGGUUAUUUUUUGGCACGAUUGCAUCUGGUAACCAGGUGAUGAAGGAUGGAUUAACGCGCGACAGAUACAGCCGGGAAUUAGGUGGUGUAUUAUGUUUUGAGAUGGAAGCGGCCGGCCUUAUGAACAGCUUUCCAUGUAUCGUCGUCCGUGGGAUUUGCGACUAUGCGGAUGCGCACAAGAACAAGCGUUGGCAACCGUAUGCAGCAGCAACUGCGGCAGCAUGCGCAAAAGAGCUUCUCUCUGUCAUACCUCGAGAAAAGGUCCUCGAGGAGAAGCUUGUUCGACAAUUAAUCCCUAUCGCCGAGGAACAACUACACGUUUCCAUACAUCAACGGGAUAUUGCUGCUCAGCAACUCGCAGAGCUUCAGCUGCAGAGCGAGAUUAUCAAAGAUCGCCCCGUGGACCUUCCUAUUGUUUUUCAAGCACGUUACGACAGCACCGAUAUUCAAGAAAGCCCGAGAUGUGAAAGUCAAACUCGGUUUCGUGUUCGAGAAACCAUACAUAACUGGGCAGACGAAUGUGCUGAGCCUUUAUUCUGGCUAGCUGGCCCUGCAGGGACCGGAAAAUCGACCAUCGCACGCACUGUGGCUGACACGUUCUUCAACGAGAAACGACUUGUUGCUGGCUACUUCUUCAAAAGAGGAGAACGGGGCCGCAAUGACACGACGCGUCUGUUUCCCACACUCGCUGCGCAGCUUGCCGAAACAAUUCCUCACUUCAAAAGCUGUCUUCAGAAAUCCGUUGGCGGUCUUGACAGAGACGCGGUGGAAAAGAAGGGCCUUGCCAUCCAGUUCGAGAAGCUGUUGUGGCUCCCUUUGGGUGACUUACCUCGAACUGACGCGAACCACGGAUCUCGGAUAAUUAUCAUCGAUGCUUUGGACGAAUGCGAGCAACCCGAACACCUCCCGCUGGUUCUUAGCCUAUUAUCCAAGCUUCGCAACAUCCUCACAGUACGAUUGCGUAUUCUAUGCACAAGCAGGUCCGCCCCGAAAAUCGCAAAUGCGUUCAGGCUUCUUGCUCAAGAGAAGGCUGUUUACAGCUUAGAGCUACACCGAGUAUUCUCUGAAGAUACUAAGAAUGAUAUACAGAUCUUUCUGAAGACUAAAUUCGCACAAAUUAAAAGAGACUGCAACGUGGAUCAAAAUCCGUGGCCUACUGUUAACGAUUUGGAUCGCAUGGUUCAACUGGCCACAACCCCCGAACCCCUUUUCAUCUAUGCUGCAACUCUUUGCCGGUUCGUCUAUGAUGAGAAGCGACCAUGCAACCCGAAGAAGCAACUGAAGUCGUGGCUAAAGCAAUGCGAAGACGGCAAGUCUCAGCUGCAUCAAAUCUACGAUCCUGUUCUCAGUCAGGUGUUCCUCGGCAACGAAGAAGCAGAAUCUGGCCAGCAGCUGCAGUUCCUAGGGGCUAUUGUUCUUCUCGCGACUCCUUUGCCUGCCACAUCUCUCACUGUGCUUCUCGGCUUGGAUGUGGAUGAUGUGAACUGGUGGCUUCCAGAGUUGCAUGCAGUGCUAGAGAUCCCUCCCGAGCCUCACCGUCCUAUUCGACUGCUACACAAAUCGUUUAGCGACUUUCUCCUCAGCUCCAAGGACAGCGGGAUAAGCAAGCAUUACAUAGACGCUGCAGAAACACACGGUAAGCUCGCGGCACGAUGUAUCAAACGCAUGAAGGCGGGGCUCAAACGGGAUAUCUGCGACAUUCGAAAACCAGACGGGCUCAGAGAUAAGAUCGACAAGCAAAUGAUGGAUACACAUAUCCCCGCUGAUCUCCAGUAUGCCUGCGUCUACUGGGUUUACCAUUUACAGCAAAGUGAAGGGCCUGUAGGAGAUGACGUCUACGUGUUUCUUUGCAAUCAUCUUCUUAAUUGGUUAGAAGUCUUGGCAAUUUUGGGUAAAGUCUCGGAUGGUGCCGCUGCGAUGAAGCAGCUUCUUGCUAUGCGCCAGGCUCCAAACGCACCUGGGGAACUGAGCGAGUUUAUAAAGGAUGCAAGCAAGGUUAUUGCAGCUUUUGGAUCUAUAAUCGAA